CUCAGCCGGAGCAAAGAACACUCAGCGUACACGACCAUCUAUGAUGUAUAUCUAGCGCCUAGCAGCUAGUGCGGAAAGAAGAUGGCGACUAAGCUCGCAGCGCUCAUCGUCUUGGUGGCGUUCCUCGCCGAGCCCCCGGCAUGCGAGGGCGACAUCAUUUGCUUCAACGGCUGGUUGAGGCUACCCAUCCAGGACCCGCGGCUCUGUCCUCCGGGCUCCAGGAUGAGGAGCGGCAUUCCGCGGCAGCUGGUGCCUCGCCCCUCGGGGUUAGGGCUCGGCUUCGGGUACUACAACAACAGGAGCUCGAGGUCGUCGUACUGCCCCAGAGCGGAAGGGAUCGUGAGGGCUACCGUGAGCAAGGCCGUGGCCGCGGAACCUGGCAUUGGUGCGGGGCUCAUCCGUCUCUUCUUCCACGACUGCUUCGUUCGGGGUUGCGAUGCUUCCGUCCUCCUCACCGAGACCAACUCCAACAACAGCGACACGGAGAGGGAAGGCCAACCGAACAAGAACAGCCUGCGAGGGUUAGAGGUGAUCGACGCGGCCAAGGCGGCGAUCGAGGCCGCCUGCCCCGGCAGAGUCUCAUGCGCGGACAUCGUCGCCUUCGCCGCCCGCGAUGCGUCCUCCAUCCUCAGCAACCGCAGGAUCAACAUCCGGAUGCAGGGCGGCCGCUUCGACGGGCGCGAGUCCUUCGCCAACGAGACCGACCAGCUGCCCGGGCCCUUCUCCGGCGCUACGGUGCUCCAGAGCAAUUUCAGGGCCAAGGGUCUCACCUCCGACGAAAUGGUCACGCUCUCCGGCGCGCACACCAUCGGCCGCGCCCGGUGCGCCUUCUUCUCCAGCCGAUUCUCUGAAAUGGACCCGGCAUUUGCCGCCAAGCUCAGGGCCCGGUGCGACGACGACACCAACGUGAACCAAGACCAUGUGACCCCCGACGUCCUGGAUAGGCGGUACUACCAGGACAUUAUCGACAGGAAAGUGCUGUUCACAUCGGACGCCGUGCUUAACUCGACCGAAACCAUAAAGCAGGUGAAAGAAAACGCGAACAAGGCAGGGAUGUGGGAGAGGAAGUUCGAGAGAGCCAUGGAGAAUAUGGGGAAAAUCGGGAUCAAAACCAGACGCGGGAAAGAUGCAGAGAUCAGAAAGGUAUGCUGGAGAGUCAACAACUAAUGUUGGCUAGUAGUCUAGUACUACUACCUACUCCCUCUGUAUCAUAAUAUUUGUUGUUGGAGAGAACUAGUCUAGUUCUCCCCAACAACAAGUAUUUAAGGACAGAGGAAGUGGUAGUAAUGCAUGGUGGUUGGCUGGCUCCAUGGCGGGAUUGCCCGGUUGAGAAAAUGUAACGCUUUCCUGGCGAUCACUUUUUAAUAAGUGUCAUUGUUGGUUUCGUCACGUUUAUAAUGAGAGCUGUGUUUCUGUUCU